UUCUGUUAUCACGAGUUUAACACUUCUGUCAUGGGAAUAAUGUUCGUCGUUUUAGGUGGUGGUUAUUCAACUAACUACAUUAUUAUAUUACAAGGAGAGUGAACCAAUAAAGAACUGACCAAUCAGUACAGAUACAUAGUCAACAAAAAUACCACGAUUCAUUUUCAUCCCUAUAAAGUCAACAGAAUUCAUCAUUGAAUUAUUAUCCUUCCCAUUGAUAAAUGUACAAAUCAUGAAUCUACAAAAUUAUAUUAAUCCACCUAAAAAUUUUGUUAAUGAAAUAUACCCAGUUAUAAGUGUUGGACGGCAUAGUCGUGAAUACUUGGAUCCAUUCGACAACAACUUAGACUACCCACCUUUCUCGAAACCAAGUCCUUUGGAAUGUUUGAAACAAUCAUGUGCACAUAUCCUACAAAACACACAUCCAUUACCUUAUAGCGAAAUUCUGAAUGAAGUGUCACAUAAACUCAAUCGAAAUAACUAUUAUUUUCCUGAUUUCUUACUAAAUUACAAUGGGACUGAAUCUAAACGCUGUAUGAAGUCCUCAUAUAAGAAAACUUGCGGCGAAUCUUAUAGCUCUUCACCACCUAAUACACAAAGUUUACUGUUUAUUUCACGAAGACGAAAAGCAUUUCGGUCAAACAAUACAUACAAACGACUAAUUGAUUCACGAAGGAAAACUUUACCAUUCAGAAACUCUAAUAAUCGAAGAUCCCAAUUGAUUCAAUCUAAAGAUGAUGCUCUAAAACCUAGUCAGUUAGUUCUUAUAGAUCCACUAAAUAUUGAUGAGUCUGUAUCAUGUGUAGAUAAAUCAGUGUAUAAGCUUACUCCUGCAACCUGUUCAAUCAAUCAAUUAUCAACUCAAAAUCAUUAUUCCUCAUCGACAGUUGAACCGUAUUUGCAGACUGAUCUAAACAACAUACAUGAAAAUUGUACAUGUACAAUUUGUAGUCGAAUGCAAAUGUUCAAUACCUUAUUAAAUUCAUGGAGUGCAGUGAUUAAUUUUAUUUAUAAUUUUCACACUAAUACAAUUUUAAAUUCAAAUGUAUCUAAUAUUCCUGUGAUUAAUUUAGAGAACUCAGUAAAACAAAACAGCUCAAACACCUCUGGAAUAAAUAUUAAUAAUAAUUCAAGUCUUUUAACGACUGAUGGUCAAAAUGAUUCAAUAUUCAAUUCACAGAAUUCCAACUCCAAUGAUCCCAUCUGUUUAACAAAGGACAUACCGCCAAAAUAGACAGAGUGAAGACUACGAGUAAUAUUGAUCAUUGAAAGAAAAAUUAGAAUACCUAGGAAUUGCCUAGUACAACGAAACUAAUUCUGUCUAGGAAAUAAAUGCAUAUCCUUUUGGCCUUAACUGUGAUGAUGUUGACCUAACGUUGAAAUCUAAACCAAAAUGCACUAAUGAAGGGACGGAUUCACUCUUAUUUAUUACUGAAACAAAAUGAAUGAGUCAGAUAGCUUUUUUUCCGCUUAAUAUACAUCUUUGUUUAAAUUACAGUAUGGUUUUUGUCCGCUUUAAAAAUGAUUGCUUUUCCUCGUUGACAAAUUGCUUUAUUGAAAU